UGUUCAUUACACAGCUGUGCACAUGAUCAACCGUGACGUAGCAACCAGGAAGGAUUCGAAGACGAGAACUUCAACAGCAGAACUGUGACUACUGUCUUAAACAUCUCACUUGUUAAAGAAGUGUGAUGGUACUACCUGAAUGCAACUGUAUUAGAAUUGUAGUUGGCAUUGUCAGUGUUUUAGUCGUAUUUUUCGCUGUUAUUUUAAAUCAUUUGGAGAAUUCUGAACCUACCACACCACCCAGAAUGACUGCCGAUAUAAAAACCCUGCAGGAGAACUACAGACAGAAAAACAAGACCUGUUUCAUUCUCGGGGCGUCCGGCGAGACUGGCAAACUGCUGUUCAAAGAGAUACUAAACAGCCAGAUCUUCUCAAAGAUCACUCUUAUUGGCCGUAGACUGGCGUUUGAAAAUGAAUCUUAUGAAAACGUGUUCCAGGAGGUUGUAGAUUUUGAAAAGCUGGAUGAUUAUGCAGCUGCAUUUCAAGGACAUGAUGUGGGUUACUGCUGCCUGGGGACAACAAAAGCCAAAUCAGGAGAGCAAGGCUUCAUACGUGUGGAUCAUGAUUAUGUUUUAAAUUCAGCCAAGCUUGCAAAAGCUGGAGGAUGCUCGCAUUUCAACCUGGAGUCAUCUAAAGGAGCAGAUAAAACAAGCAGCUUCCUAUAUUUAAAAAUAAAGGGUCAAGUUGAGGCAGAUAUUGAAGAAUUGGACUUUGACAGAUACACCGUCUUUCGACCUGCAGUUCUUAUGGUUGACAGACAGGAGUCACGUCCCACAGAGUGGCUGGCUCGGAAGUUUCUAUCUCCAGUUUCUAGUAUUUUUCCGACAGCGCUCUCAAUACCUAUCUCAUCGCUGGUCAAAGCCAUGGUUAUCAAUACAGUCAUGGAAGGGGACAAGGUGGAAAUAUUAGAAAAUAAACCGAUCUACAACCUUGGAAGACUUGCAGAAAAAACAGACAAAUAGAAAAAAGUGUGUUUUAUGUGGUGGAAUUCUCAGGGUAAUCUUGGGGUAAUACCCUGCAUAAUAAAUUUGUUAAAAAAAACAUAUAUAUGGAUGGAUGGAAUUCUAAAUAUAAUGGAGAAAUAUUUUUUGUGCUAUAUGUUGACUUAUUUAAAUAAAGUGUGCCAAUUAUGUA